AGUGAAGGUCGUCUGUGGUAUCAGUUUGAGAAAGACAAUAUUUGUCUUUGAAAGCAAAUGGUAUUGUCAUAUUUAAGUUAUUUUGUGUUGUUUCCAUUAGGGUCAGCAAAGACUUUUCUUCUCAGUAGUUCCCAAAGUCUUCUUUCCCCCUAAGGUCUCCUUUGAUAUGAAUACCCUUUUAGGGAUCUGCUGUAUGCCAAUUGUGUGUUUUCCUAAGCUAAUUGUCUCCAUGUUGAUCUAGGUAUUGAAAAAGAAAAUCAACAAAAUAGGAAAAUAAUAUUGCUAUUAAAAGAAAAAUAAUCCUUUCCAUUACGCUGCCUCCCAUAUGUUUUAAUGAUAAUGCAUUUCUCUGAAAUCCUCUCAAAACCCAGUUCAGUAUGUGGAUCCCUUCAGUCACAAUUUUUUAAAUGUCUUUGCAUGUACCUAAAGACAAAUUCAGAAAUGGAGAUUUUUAUAACUAUGCCAUUACACUGACAUGUUUUCCUUACUGUGUCUGCCUGACUAGAGGAAUAAAACUACCAGGCAUAAUGUUAUUUGUCCUGUGAUUUGGGGUGUUGAUUCCAAACAGAGAAUUAGGCCAGUUAAAGUAGAAUGAUUUGUCAUUGUGCUUAGACUAAAACUAAGACUAAUUUUGGUCUCUGUUGAUUUUUGUACAGGUAUUAAGGUUUUGAAGACUAUUAACUGCUAUUGGGCAUCUGUCACAUUUUUAGACCAGAGUGAUGUCAAACCUCUCAGAAACUGUAGAUUAACAUAUUCUGGUGAUGAUUCUUACAAAUUCCCCAAAGAAGCUCCACAGGCUUUGGAAAUUCAUGGUUAGCAGGCACCUUUAAGGGAAUCCAGGGCUAUGAAGCUGUGACAGAGGUGCUGGAUUGCCCAUGCAGGACUCUGAGCCUGGCUGGGUCUUUGGCCCAGCUUGUGGUGGUGAAACUCUGCAGUGUUGGGGACCAACCAGGAGAGCAGAGCUCAGCCUGUGGUGCUGAGGCAGGAAAGGAGAACCCCCACAGGGAAGCACAGUGGGAUGAGGCUGGGCUGGACAUGUCUGGUGUGCCAUCCCCAGUGAGAGAGCCUGGUGGAGGGGGGCUCUGUGCUGUUCAUGUUGGUUAGGAGCUGAGCCUGGAGGCUGUUCUCCCAGAAACAUGAGCAGAACCUUGCCCCUCUGUGCUCUGAAGGGGACUGCAUUUGAGAUCUGCCCUUCCUUCAGGGUGAGUUCCUGGCUUCCAUAAAGCCAGCGUUAGAAUUGGAUUUGGCAGAGUUGGGAUUUUUGUUCCUGGGGUUUACCACCUCUCUGCAUGGCAAUAAUCUUGCCAGGGGACAGUUUAUCUCUAAGGAAGGCUUUUAUUCUUUCACAUAAUCUAUAAGGACAUCUGUAAUUAUUGCUGGUAACUAAGGCAACCCAACUUUACAGUUGGUACGUGCGGGCAGCAGAACUGGUGUGGGUUUUUAAACACCUUUCUGUCAGUUGGGUGGUGGCCACACUUGGGCAGGAGCUGGGCUGUGAACCCUGGCAACCUGAGCCCAGCUCUGCUAGGGGGUCCUGGGGAGGAGGAACACGGUGUCAACGGGGUGGUGAUUAGCUUCACUGGCUUAACUGGGGACUCUCAAAUAGGGGUUCAUUUGUUCUGCUCGGGGACAUCACUGAAAGGCCACGCAGGAGGGGGCAGCAGGGUUGGCACUGUCUGAAACGAAGAGCCUCUCUGCUCAUUUUAGGAGCAUCCUGCUGUGCCUGUAAAGAGGAUGUUCAUCUGGCCCAGGGAAAUUAAAUAAUUUGUCCAUUCACUGAGUGCACGGCCUCGGAUAGCCCAGGAAUAGAACAAAUUGCUCCUGGCAGCUGCUCACGAGCCCUGCUGCUGUAGUAGGACAUCAGCUUGGCAAAUGUGGGGACAAUGUCCCUGUGGUCAUGGGGUGCAGGGACUCCAGCAUCUCCAGUUGGUGUUGGCUGGUAUCUUUGAUCAGAGGACCCUAUUCCUCCUUUGCUUUAAUUCAUUAAAAUAACAGCAGUGUAAUAAAUGUAAUAAUUCUUUGCCUUAUGGGGGGACAAAUCUCAGAAAAGGCUGUGAAAUGUAAUGGUUUGGUUUUCUCAGGGGCAGCUUUUGCUUUCUGUCAGGGUGCAUUUGCUUGGAGCAUUCAGGCUCUUGAAUUUUUAUGUUGGAAAUGUGUCAGUGAUCUCUGAGAGUAUGUGCAUGGAAGUGUAAAAUAUCUCUCCCAGAUAAAAUCAUCCUCUGUCUGUUACUGGAACACAAUUCUAUGGUACCUGAAUCAGUCUUAGAGAGGAGUUAAAGGCUCUAAGCCAUUAGUUCUUCAAAUUUGUUUUUUUUGAUAUGAGUCACUUGGAAAAAACUUUAAAUAGCAUAUCCUGAUCUUUUUUUAAAUAAGAUUUUCACCAGACAAUCUGCAGUAUUUUCUCAUGGUAAGCGUUUGGCAAAUUCUGAAAUCUGCUCCUUUUAAUUAAGCUGAGGGUGUCUCUUAGGAUGUUUUUUAAAAACUUAUCUUUCCUGCUUUUUAGGAAGAGCUGAUUGAUCUUCUUCCAAAAUCCUGAAGCAAGUUUUUUUGCUUUUAAAAUACACAGACAAAUGUUGGUGCAGUUGAGGCUUUAUGAAAACUUGACAUUGGACCUGACAUUUACUUUGGUGUUCAGUGAAACUUGCUGUGUUCUUUGAACUGUAUCUUUUGCCAGCAAAAAAGUUUGAACAUCUUUGGUCUCUGGCACUGGAGAGCUAAUAAACAAAUCUCAGCAGUGUGCUUGUUCUUAUUAAAGAGCCCCCAUGAUUUCUGUGUGCAUGGCUUGGCUUUGGGUCCCUGAGGUGUCUGUGAGGCUGCCCAGGGCAGUGUCCUGUGGUGAUCCAGCUGUCCUGCCCUGGGAACAGUGGGAGUGGCUCUCCCUGAUACUCCCUUUUGGUUUCACUUUCUUUUUAAUUUUUUUUUUUCUUUUUUGUUUACUCUGCUUACUUCCUGUACGUGUUCCAGCUUUGGAGCCUGAAAGCUCCAUGAGGUCAUUUGCACUUCCAGAGCCUUUUUUUCCCUUCUUGCCACAUGGGCAGGUUUAGCUGUUUAAAAAUCAAGGGUUUAUGCUGGGGUGAUGAAAGCCGUGGUCACCUGGCCUAAACUCUCAAUGAGGGCUUUUGACAGACGCAGCAUUGAGGCUUUGCUGGAUUUGGCUGUGUCCCUGCAGCAAGGAGGCUUCUUCACUGGAGUGUGCAGAGCUGGGGAGGAGCCAAGUGCCAGCACAGCUCCAUGGCCAUGAACACCUCUGGCAGUUUGUGUGGCACAGAAUGAGUUCAGUGUUCCCCAGGGACAGAAAAGCUGUUUGUGUUGUUGCCUGGUACCUGUCCCUUGAAUAAUGAACAUUUAACUCGAGCUAUUCUCCUUUCUGAUUUUUCUUCUUUUAAUGCAGCCAUACUAAGCUAAUUGGAUGAUGACUGUAAUAGAGUCUGGGAAGUUGUCUCCCUCACUGGGACAUGAGCUGAGUGAUGUUCUGCUCAGCCUUGUGGCUUCACUUAUGGCUGAAAAUAUUUCACUCGCUCAGCAAAGCGAAAGACUUGGACUUGGCUGGUUUUUGGCAUUAACCUUUGUCUCAGGCACAAAGCUGGAGGCUGCUCAGUAUGCAGGCUGGAUUUGAGCUGUGUGCAGCUUGGCUGCUGCUCAGCCUCUUGACUCUCCAGGAAGGAGAGUGCAGCCCACCAAAGACUGCUGGGAGGGCAGAGAGCUUUGUGUGGUGUCAAGGGACAUGGUGGUGGUGACAGCCACUGGUCAGGAGCAGGCAGGGUGUAAUGUUAGCCAGGGCUUCACACUGCCAGGGGUUGUAAAUAGUGAAUGAUGUGUUUUUCAGGGGAAGGUCAGUGUGUGCAAGUGUGCUUGUGUAUAGAGAUAUAUGUGCAUGCAUACACACCUUGAGAGGAGCUGACAGGGUGUUCUGGGAAGGAUCCUUCCACACUUCCCUGCUCUGUGCCCUUCUUCAGACAUCACCUUCUGGUCACCAGACAGCCAGGAUGCUGGGUUGUCCAGGCUGCUGGUUUAGCCCAAUUCAGCCUUUUUUAUCAUGCCAGCCGAACGAAGAAAGGUGGUAGGGAGGAGGGAACAAAGGUGAAAGAGACUGUCGCUUGGAAGGAAAAGCUCUGAGGUCUUCAGUCAGGCACAUGGGGCUUGCCUCCUGAGAUCUGCCAUUCUCUUGGAGUUGGCUUCAGACACGGACAGCCCUCCUUGACUUGUCUUGUUUGCCUUUGCCUGCCAGGGUUUGAGGGGUGAGCCUUGGCCUGAGCAGAGCAGGGACCUGCCUCGAAGUGCUGCUCCUUUCUCAGGUGGGAGCCUUUAGCUCUGAGUGAUUUCACAGGCUUUCAGAUCAGGGAGGUGGAGAUAUUGACCUGCUGUCAGUUGUGUGUAAAGAGCCAAUGCUCCCAACAAAGCAAUGAGGACACGUGUGUGCCUUAGGCACCUGUUGGCCUGGUUAAACACAGCACAGAGCUGAGUGCCUCUGGUUUGACAUUACCUAUGGAGCUGGUGGUUCUGCUAGGAAGGUUUAAUAAUUCAUUCCAUAUGUUUCAGUGGCAAUAAAUAGACUAUUUCUGAAAUGGAAAGCAGCUUCAGUAAAGCUUUGAAAGCUGUGCAGGGAGAUUUAAUAGCCCUUUUCUACUUGCCUCUAAAGAAGAUACAAGUCAUGCAUUGUGUGCUUGCCUUUUUCAGAUGGGACAUUGAAGGCUAAACUUCUUUUUCUCGGUAUGAAUGUUAAAAUAAUCCGUGGUACUCUUGUAGUUCCCAGUGUUGAAGUCCAUUUCUAUUCAGUGAGGCAAUUAUGUUCUGGCUUGAAUUUCAACUUAUAUUGCUUUCCUGGCCUGAAGCCUGUAAGACUGGGCUUUGUCCUCAGGUGUUUGGCACUUCUUUUUUUAUCUUCCCUGCUGGCUGAAAUGUGGGCUGAGUUGGCUUUCAACAUCCAUGCAGAAGUAGCUGCAUUUUUUGAUGUGCUUCAUGUGGAGAACCUAAACUGACUGACUUCAUUAAGCAGAGUUCCUGUUCCUCUGAGGCAGCUGAAGAUGAAAAGGACCAGAGGACAGUGACAGUCAAUCCCUCUCACAUGAGAAAGGCUUUCAAGGUCAUGAAUGAAUUACGGAGCAAGCGGCUCCUGUGUGAUGUGGUGAUUGUGGCCGAGACCGUGGAGAUGGAAGCUCACCGGGUGGUGCUGGCAGCCUGCAGCCCUUAUUUUUGUGCCAUGUUUACAGGAGACAUGUCUGAAAGUAAGGCCAAGAAGAUUGAGAUCAAGGACGUGGAUGGGCAGACCCUGAGGAAGCUGAUUGAUUACAUCUACACGGCUGAGAUCGAGGUCACAGAGGAGAACGUGCAGGUUUUGCUGCCAGCUGCCAGUUUAUUGCAGCUGAUGGAUGUCAGAAAGAACUGCUGUGACUUCCUGCAGUCCCAGCUGCACCCCACCAACUGCCUUGGCAUCCGCGCCUUUGCCGACGUGCACGCCUGCACCGAGCUGCUGCAGCAGGCCAACGCCUAUGCAGAGCAGCACUUCCCUGAGGUGAUGCUAGGAGAAGAAUUUCUUAGCCUUAGUCUGGACCAGGUUUGCAGUUUAAUAUCAAGUGACAAGCUCACAGUCUCCUCUGAAGAAAAGGUCUUUGAAGCAGUUAUCUCUUGGAUAAAUUAUGAGAAGGAAUCUCGCUUGGAGCACAUGGCUAAGCUGAUGGAGCAUGUUCGCCUGCCCCUCCUGCCCAGAGAUUACCUGGUACAGACAGUCGAAGAAGAAGCUUUAAUCAAGAAUAACAAUACCUGUAAAGACUUCCUUAUUGAAGCCAUGAAAUAUCAUUUGCUUCCUCUGGAUCAAAGGCAACUAAUAAAGAAUCCCAGGACAAAGCCAAGGACCCCCGUUAGCUUGCCAAAGGUGAUGAUUGUGGUGGGUGGGCAAGCACCCAAAGCCAUUCGCAGUGUGGAGUGCUAUGAUUUUGAGGAGGAGCGGUGGGAUCAGGUUGCUGAGCUUCCCUCACGAAGAUGCAGAGCAGGCGUGGUGUUCAUGGCUGGCAGUGUCUAUGCCGUGGGAGGCUUCAAUGGCUCGCUGCGGGUGCGCACGGUGGACGUGUACGACGGCGCCAAGGACCAGUGGACGUCCAUCGCCAGCAUGCAGGAGCGGCGCAGCACGCUGGGCGCCGCCGUGCUCAACGACCUCCUCUAUGCCGUGGGAGGCUUUGAUGGCAGCACUGGUCUGGCAUCAGUUGAGGCCUAUAGCUAUAAAACCAAUGAGUGGUUUUUUGUGGCUCCCAUGAACACAAGAAGAAGCAGUGUUGGAGUUGGAGUUGUGGAGGGGAAGCUGUACGCCGUGGGCGGCUACGACGGUGCGUCGCGGCAGUGCCUGAGCACGGUGGAGCAGUACAACCCCGCCACCAACGAGUGGACCUACGUGGCUGACAUGAGCACGCGGCGCAGUGGGGCAGGUGUUGGUGUGCUCAGUGGGCUGCUCUACGCCACCGGGGGCCAUGACGGGCCCUUGGUGAGGAAGAGUGUGGAAGUCUACGACCCAGGGACAAACACCUGGAAGCAAGUAGCAGACAUGAAUAUGUGCAGAAGAAAUGCAGGGGUGUGUGCUGUGAAUGGUCUCCUCUACGUGGUGGGAGGCGAUGAUGGUUCCUGCAACCUGGCCUCGGUGGAGUACUACAACCCCAGCACAGACAAGUGGACGUUGCUGCCAACCAGCAUGAGCACAGGGAGGAGUUAUGCAGGUGUGGCUGUGAUUCACAAACCCUUGUGACACACGAUCAAGCCAAUGUGAGGAGCAGAAGUGAAGUGGAUCCAGCUAGGUGGUGUUGGGAAGAUGACUGACCUCUGACUUGACCCAUCUCAUUGCUGUUAAUGUCUUAGCAUGACAAGUGAUACGUUGCAAGCAUCAUCCACUCUGCAGUGGAUUGCAUAGCCAAGUGAAAAUCCCUCUGGGGACGUGUUCCAUGCUAGACACGAGGUGUUGCUUGUUAUCUGUGGUGCAAUCAGCUGUUCUUGAUGGCAUGUGUCCUGAGAUAAACACUGUGCUUGGACUGCAGGCACGGGAUUUUUUGUGUGAAACAAAACUGCUACGUUUGGGCGUGUGAGUAAAAACAAACGUUUCUGGAUUUCUUCCCUACUGAUGCUCCGUGCACAUUGUUGGUUGAACUACUUACUCAUGUGCCUGGAGGGUGGACUUUAAUACUGGCAGGGGAAACUUCUGAGCUCCAGCAGAGAAAAACAGCAGAAAUGGACUGGAACAGGGUGGUCUGGCUCGAGUGUGACGCUGUCUCAGCCAUACGUUUGUACAUGCCACUGGACUGCUGUAUGUAUCCCUGAAAUGCUUGUGGAAAUAAACACCAUGUGGUUUUUCUA